AUCCUCAACAAAUUCCUGUUAGAUAUACAGUAUAAGUGCACUACAUAGGGCACAAAAUCCAUCACUCUGGUAGACUAGAUAGUUAGCAUAUAUAGGGAGCAGGGAUGCGUUUGGGAUUUCAGUUAAACUGAACGCUAGUUUGCUUUAUUGCGCGGUGAACGGAGAUUAGCUAAAAGCAGGAGUUUAGUAGAGACGCUCAGGCUGUAAUUAUGGAGGCGGCAGAUAUUUUGAAGCAGGUUCAAGUGCCCUUGUUUUGGGUAGGUGCUGUGACAGUGGCCUGGGUGUCCGUGUGCACUCUGUACCGACUCCUGAACGGUGUCCGGGUGUGGGUCCUGGGCAACGGGGACCUCAUUAAAGCGUUCAAACUGGGGAAAUGGGCAGUCGUAACCGGGGCCACCGACGGAAUCGGAAAAGCCUACGCGGAGGAGCUUGCACGGCGAGGCUUUGCCAUCGUCCUCAUCAGCCGUACUCAGGAGAAGCUGGAUGAUGUGUCUAAAGCUAUCGCGAGCAAGUACAAUGUUGAGACCAAAACCAUCUCUGCAGACUUUGGAUCGGUGGAUAUUUAUUCCAAGAUUGAAUCUGGACUCGCUGGCCUUGAAAUUGGGAUCUUGGUCAACAACGUUGGAGUGUCCUACUCUUACCCUGAGUUUUUUCUCAACAUACCAGAUCUCGAUAAUUUCAUCGACAACAUGAUCAACAUCAACAUCACCUCAGUUUGCCAGAUGACUCGGAUCGUGCUCCCCAGGAUGGUUGAGAGGUCUAAAGGAGUUAUCCUGAAUAUUUCCUCUGCGAGCAGCAUGUACCCCAUUCCACUCCUCAGUCUGUACUCAUCGUCUAAGGCUUUUGUGGAUUUCUUCUCCCGUGGACUGGACGCCGAGUACAGAAACAAGGGCGUCAUCAUCCAGAGCGUGUUGCCCUUCUUCGUGACUACCAAGCUGAGUAAGCUCAAGCGAGCCUCCCUGGACAUUCCCACUCCGGAGCGCUACGUGGCGGCGCAGCUCAACACUGUGGGUCUCCAGAGCCAAACAAACGGCUACCUGCCUCAUGCCAUCAUGGGUUGGGCGAUCACUUCUCUACUUCCCGCACAACUGCUCAACAAGUACAUCAUGAACAUGGGUCUAUCUCAGCGUGCACGCUACCUGAAGAAGCAGAAGCAGGGCUAAGACAGCAAAUGAAACAAGAUUAGUGGACCAACCAAAAAUUUCAUAAAAUUUAUUUUCCUUUCACUGCUGGAUACGAAGAUUGAGUCCUGCUUCACUGCUACUAAUCAGAUUUGUUUAUUUGGGCUAGCCUGAGUCUUUCUUUCAGUUCUCAAGAGGAGAGCCGAGCACUUUGGUGUCCUUGCAAGCAAAAAUAAAACUACUGCAUUUGUCGUGCAACAUUUCUACCUGGCUUUGCUAAUUGAACGGGAUUGCAAUGCGUUUGUACUUGUAACAGCAGCGAGUCAUUUUACAUUUCAUAUCAGUGCACUAAUUUACAUUAAAACAGAAAAUAAGCUCUAAUUUGCUAUUAAAUUACUGUAUUACUCUAGAACUGAUCAGUUCGCUCUUCGGUGUUUGGUCUUGAACAGAUUUCACUCUAAUGUAAAAGGAGUUAAAGGAGCUGUUUAACUUUUAAAGCCUUCUGAUUGACUGUGGUGAAUUGUAAUUGCAGUUACAACAUCGACAAUCCUUUCUGUUUCCCCUACUGAUCCCAUUCCCCUGUUUAAAAGCUGUAUGCAUUGCGAGUUGCCUUUAAAAGGAAAUUAAAAUAGCUGAGCAGCUCUGGUUUGGCUGCUUGAGCUUAUUUCUGGGCUAGAAAAACGUAAACGGAAACCUAAAAACAAACAACUGACCCAGAUUCAUUGCAUGGUAAUGUUUGCGAAUUUUAUUUCAAAUAUAAAUUUGAAAAACUGUUUUGUGUCUAGACACAGUAAAAUUUACACACUGCACCUUUUAAGUAUUGAUGGCACUCCAUUCACAUUUUCAAUUAGAUGUGUUGACGUAGGCAUGUUACAGUUGGCAUCUGCACAAACGUUCAUAUUGUAUUAAAUCGGGGGGAUUUAAAAAUAAAUAGUAUUACAAUAGCACUUAUGUUUCUGUACUUUUUCCAAAAUAUGGGUUUUCAGAUCACCGUUUUUCAAAGUAUGCUUUAGUCUGAUGGAUUUGUUGUAGUGUGCACAUGUUGGCAAGAUUAUUUAUGAUUAUUUUUUUUUUCCCCUCCUCUCUCUACUUGGUCCCAUUUACCAAACUAUGUCGGUAUCACAAGUCUUUCUAUAAGACCACAUCUUUUUAUGCAGAAUGCAUUUGCAUUGCUCUGUUUUAUUUUUAAACACCGCUUAAUUGUAACUCGGCUGUUUUGAUGACGGUGCUGUGACUGCGGUGUGGUCAGGGCUUCAUGAGCUAAGGGCACAGUUAUUUUUCCAUUUCCACUUCAUAUCUCACAGGUAAUGCUAUACUGGUGACCUCAAUUGUAUGAGUUCAGUGUGGAUUUAAAUGGCCUUGGGUCAGGAGAGUGAGAACAGUACAGUAGAUGAUGUCAAUGUCUGAUUUGCAGACAUAAACGAAUGCACUGUUUGGUAUGAGUUUUGUGUUCUUUAGAGUUCAUAUUCAAAUAAAAAGUGGCAUUGUUGGAAAUCUUAAAGCCUAGUCAUGAAUCAUGAUAUUGCUGAAAUACACCUUUUACUAACACGUUUUAAGGAUUUUAAACUUUAAUUAAACUGCAGUUGUAUGGAAAAGUUUGGGCACCCCUGGCUAAAUGACUUUAUCAAGUGGAGAUGCAAACUACUUUAAAAAAAAAAGUUACAUUUUCUUUCAGAUGGUAAUGCAAUUUUAUAUUUGAUUAAUUAAAAAAAUUCUAAUUCUG